CUGCAGGGCGCUCUGCCGCCCCCGUGGUCUGGGCUCGUGGCGACACGUUGCCACAUCUGCCGGCGCCAAAGCAGCAGGGUGUGCUUCCAAACGGCUGGCUCGCCACACUACCUGAGAGCGAGCACGCGUGGGUCGGCCGAGCGCUGUUCGACAGAACGGCCAGUGGCAAAGCGGUCCUCACCACCAAACUCAAGCUGUGGUGGGAGCCCCCAAGCCCGCCCGCGUAUUUUACGCAGCCCCCCGCUUCACACAGGCAGUUUUUCCAUUCUAAAUUCUUCUUGUGGGCGCCAUACAAAAUGUGGGGGGUGAAACUGGCGUGCCCCGAUUGCAACCACGACCGCCUGACCGGAGGCGGGCUGUACAAGACUGUUCGGCGGGUGCUGAAUGUCAGGGGCUGGUACUUCAUGGGCACCGAGUGCCUUGAGUGCCUCAAGUGCCACAGGAAGUACUCUGCCUGGGAAGAGAACAUCCGGAAGCAACUGCACAUCUCCAAGCAGUUAAUGUUCCCGGCAGUCCUGACUUACAAACUGGCUUGUGACAAAGCAGUAAUAUCUUUGAUGAGGACUCGCUCGCUGGGCAACAGUGCCACUCAGUUGCGCCAGGUGCUGAUGGAGAUCCACAGCGAAGAGUGGUUGGCCAGGUGCACUGGCUACCUGUCCAUCCUCACGCAGCUGGGUGUCCCGGUCAACGAGGGGGGCGAUGUCCCGCCCAUGCGCCCGCUCCCUCGCGUGCCGUGGUUCCUUACAGCCUAUGUGAUGGACGUGCUCCCCCGCCUCGAGGACAACAAGGCCCGUCUCACCCAGUUGACCAAGAAGCUGGCAGGGGAAGCCGCCGGAACGGCCGCCUGGGUGACCAAUGUGGGCAAUGAGCACGGGCAGGUGCUCAUGUCCGUGCUCACGGCCGCGGAGGGAGAGGGCCUUUCGGCCAUGGCGGACGGACUGGUCCGGCGGUACAAGGACGCGGGAAAGCCACCCCCAGUUGUGUUGUACAUUGACCAUGACUGUUGCUCCAUCACCGGGAAGAGCAAAAUCCAGCGCACCUUUGGCCAGUGGGACCGGUUGGUGGUGCGCCUGGACGUGUGGCACCUCAUGCAUCGCUUUGCCAGGGGUGUCAAUACAAAUGCUCACCUUCUGUAUGGGCCCUUUAUGGCCCGGCUUGCCUCAGCCAUCUUCGAGUGGGAUCCAGAAGACAUCGAAAGGCUGAAGAGGGCCAAGCAGGCAGUGGAGGGCGUCCGCAUCACCCUGAAGGCCAAAGAGCUGGAGCAACAUUGUCGCUGCCGCACCAGGGGAGCAGAGAUGACGGAGAGUCUUGUCCAGGAGGUGCUUGACCACUUUUGGGAGGCCAAGGACACAAUGGGCAAUCCCCUCAUAAACCAGGAGCGAAUGACAGAAAUCUGGAGGACGCAGCGUCGCCACCUGCGCUGCAUCCAGGACCCACCAGGUGUCGCCCUGUACACAAAAACUGGGGAGGUCAAAAAAGGUGGGGUCACGCUCCCGGUGUUCCGCUGCGCACGGGGGUCCACCUCCCUGGAGUCCUUCCACCUUCAACAGUGCCGAUUCAUUCCGGGCACAUCGGCCAACGCCCUCCACUUUCAGGUGUACCUGCUGGAGGGCUUGACCAGAUGGAACGAGGACAGAGCCAGGGCUGCCGUGGUGGGCGGUGGCAGAGACCAGAUGCGUUCCUAUAAUGCACGUGUGGUGGAUGCCUUCCAAGAGGUGGUACGGGCGCGCCAGAUCCCCUCCCCCUUGUACAAUUACACCGCACCGGGGAAUUACACAGGGGAGCUCAUCGGGGUGGAGUAUCUGCAAGCGCAGACCGGCACUGUGCUCAAGUCUUACCUGAGAGGAGAUGAGGAAGAUGUGGGUGACUGGCAAGACCAGGUCAUGGAUGAUGAGUAAGUGGAGGAGGAGGAGGGGCUGGAAUUCCAUCGCGUGUUGGCCAUGUCGGCACUGACUGAGGGUCUCCCGGAAAAUGAGCCAGGGCAGAGGUGCCAGGAGGAAGAGGAGGAUGAGGAGGAUGUCGUGGGACCGGACGGCCGAGGGGGUUACCAGCACGUCGGCGGGCUGGCCGACGCGCUGGUGCAGCUGCGCCGCAACGCCUACGUGAGACCGUCUCAGGUCUCGCGAAUAAAAGACCUGUGGCAGAAGCUGCCCGACCACGACAAGGCUCCUCCGCCGGCCGUUCCGCCGCGCCAUAAGCCGCUGGUCCAGGGCCGCUGCAAGACGGGAUCCUCCAAGGGUCCCCACGUGCCGAGCAUGGAGGCCGCCAAACGUCUCUUUGUCGGGAAGGUGACUGAAGUGGCACGUUCUCCGAGUGCCAGCAGGCUGGUGGAGGCCAUCUUGUCGGACCUGUCCCACGUUCACAGCCAGGGGCAUUGCCUCGCCGGUGUGCGCAUCAGUCGCUGGGGCCCGGUCAUGCGGGACUACGGUCGCAUCAGAGACCUGUGCAGGACCAGAGAGCUCCU